GAGAGGGGGUUUACACGAGAGCUGCUGCUGGGCGCGCGUGGAUCAUGAGGAGUGGGAGAAACAAAUGAAGAAGGAAUCGCAGUCGCUGUGAACAGACCUGGCUGCAGCGCAGGAGACGAGCCGCCGCGGGGAGGCGAGGAGACGCACACAGGAGGUUUUAUUUUUCUUUGCUUUUUUUACACUCCGAUGACAUGUCAAAGCCCUGGGAACAUUGUGGAUUUCUGAGAAGCAAGCGGAGAGUAUUUGGAAAGUGACGUUUUGAACAACAGUCCUUUGCGAAAUCGAAGCCACUAAGAUAGAAGCAGAGCGCGCAGGAGCGGGAUGAGCGUGUUUUCUGUAUAAGCUCGUGAGGUAAAGGCCCGAGGAGAGACUAUCCAAAAUAAACACGCAUGAAGGACACGCUGGACAUGGCAAACGGAGGGGACCAGUUCGGCCUUGCAGAGCGCCCGGAUUCGGACUGCAUGGAUUCCCCAAAAGAGAGCAAGCAGGAAAACCACAGCUUCAACUCAGCUGCGUCAGCACAGACAGCCUCCAGCCAGCAGGAGAUGGAGGGAAUCAAAGUCAUCCUUCAUGACAGGGAACUGUGGACUAAGUUUGAUGAAGUAGGAACUGAAAUGAUCAUUACUAAAGCCGGAAGGAGGAUGUUUCCCAGCUUCAAGGUCAAAGUCACAGGACUCAACCCGAAGACCAAGUACAUCCUUUUGAUGGACAUUGUGCCUGCGGACGACCAUCGCUACAAAUUUGCGGACAAUAAAUGGUCAAUAACAGGAAAAGCAGAGCCCGCGAUGCCCGGCAGGCUCUACGUCCAUCCAGACUCUCCCGCCACUGGAGCGCACUGGAGCCGUCAGCUCGUUUCUUUUCAGAAGCUCAAACUCACCAACAACCACCUGGACCCCUUUGGACACAUAAUUCUCAACUCAAUGCAUAAAUACCAGCCUCGACUUCACAUCGUCAAAGCAGAUGAAAACAACGGCUUCGGCUCCAAGAACACUGCUUUCUGCACCCAUGUCUUCCCUGAGACUGCAUUCAUUGCUGUGACAUCUUAUCAGAACCACAAGAUCACACAGCUGAAGAUAGAGAAUAAUCCCUUUGCUAAAGGCUUCAGAGGCAGUGAUGACAAUGAGCUGCACCGCAUGGCAAAGCUUCAAGGUAAAGAUUAUCCUGUGGUCCCUCGCAGUACUGUCCGUCAGAGAACCUGCUCCACUGUGAUGCUCUCCAGCGGGGACAGUCAGGUUCUGCGGUGCUCCCCUGAAGCCGUUGGGUCACCCUACAGCUGUGAGAGCAGCUUGAACGGCAGCAGUCCUCAGGAGCUGCUGAGUGCUGCACCCACGCAUUACACUCUGCCACAUCCUCACCUGCAGCCUGGCCAGCAGCCACAGGCAUACAACUGCACCAAGAGGAAAGUAGAAGAGAACGGCGCUUCAAGAAACCAGCAGCAUCCUUACAAGAAGCCCUUCACUGAUGAUGCCAGUGAUGGUGAAUAUCACUAUCACGCAUCCCCGUACCCUCCUCCUCCUCAUGGCUACACCAACAGCCAUGCCCUGUGUCUCACUGACUCCCACUACACUUCAGACAUGGGACAGCGUCAGGCGUGCAUGUUUGCAGGCUCACAGCCCAGACUAGAUGAACUCAGCUGUGCAUCCUGGUCAUACACCUGCCCUCUCCCGACUGCCAUGACCCCCAUGGAACCGUACCCGCAUUAUACACCUCAUCCUCCCUACAGCUCCAGCCCUCAGGGCUCUCGACUCAGCACUUCAACCCACCAGAGCUCUCCACCACUGGGCGAGCAAGUCGCCCACGAUCCCUACCAGAGCCAGAAUUCUGGACCUCCAUCUCAGAGCUCUCAGAACCUUCACAGCAGGCAGCUCAGCUCUGCUCUCAGAGAGUACCCGCGCUACACGCCCAAUCUGUCACCACCUCUCUAUCACACACUAGAAACGCGCACACACAUUCGAUGCGGAGUGCCAGAAUGGAGUGCAGCCUCCUAACUGAGCCAGAGGACAAACUUUACCUUGACACAAAUUCAGUUAUCCCUCUUCUUGCUCUCCCGAGAGAUGGCGCACUGUGUAAAGACUAAUUAUGACAGUACUUUUGUAAAAUUAUUGUGAAAAGUGUGAUCUUGUUCUGUGUGAAGAGGUCUCAUCUCGUAGUAAUGUUUCUCUAGUUGCUGCAAGGAGCAGUAGAUUGUUAAGGACUGGACCUGGACGUUGAUGAUGCUCUGGAUGUACAGAAAAUUGUAGCUCCCUAAAGCAGCACAAUUAAGAUCCAAGUUGUAUUUUAUCAUCUUUGCAAAACUCAGUGACUGGUGUCUGUCAAAUGUGUGCACUGUGUGCCCCUUGAAGGCCUGACCAAGAACAGCACUAGGCUGUUUUCCUCUCAAUGUUUCCCACUUUAUGCAUCGUGAAAGAUGUAAAUUGAGACUACUGUCAGACAGACAGUAACGUUUACUGACCAAAAUAGUUUCAGCUCUUGCAACAGAGCCAGAGGGAGACAGUUUUCUUUUUAAUGGAGCAAAGCACGGCUCCAUGUUCAGCCUCAGUGAAGGAGAAAAGGGUUGUCUAAAUGUGUGUGUGUGUGUGUGUGUGUGUGUCUGUGUAUAUGCAAAACCUCAUGUCAGCUCAGCUCAAUGAUGCUGUGAGUUAAUUUCCAAUGAGACAGGCAGUGGUAGCUGCAGGCGCGUACUGCAGAGAUAAACAGUUUGUUUAAACCACGCUAUGGGCGGGAGGACCUGUAAUCGCUGUUUCCAGUGCAUUCUGGGUAAAUGCACAAUUCAGCAUCACAGCAUCACACAGAUGUUGCUGUUGUCCUCUCAGUCACCUCCAUUCGACCAAUCAGCUUCCUCUGCUAACUGAGAGGUAGCCAAUGAACAUGUUGCUGGAGUGUGCGUGCGUGUGUGCGCGUGUGUGUGUGUCUGUGUGUGUGUGUGUGUGUGUGUGUGUGUGUGUGUGUGUGUGUGUGUGUGCGUGCGUGUGUGUGUGUGUGUGUGUGCUUUAACCGCUUUUUGUUUGUUUGUGAAUUAUUUAUGAGUCAAAUGUUGAUCCCCGACAAUUGUGGAUGCUCAGUAAGGAAACACAGUGCUGUGAAUGUGAUGCACCACUCUUUUUAGGUCUCUUUAAUUUAAAUCAAAAUUGGUCUUUACAUAUCCACGGCUCAUUAUUCCAUUAAUUACUUUGAAUAGAUUUGAUGAGGUACAUUUUCAUAUAGAUAGUAAUAAAAACAUACAUUUAUGGGUCUUUCUGUACAAAACGGGCACAUGAUGAGAGUUUUGUUUAUUGUCAUACAGCGUUUUUAUAGUUUUGCCCAGCUGUUUUAACAUGCAGUAACUCGUCAUAAGGUGCUCUAACAUAACAGAAAACACAUCCCUGUCAUUCCCUAAUAUGUAUUUGGUUUGUGGGUGUGUGAACAAGGAGGUGCAAGGAUUGUUUUAUGGAUUUUUCUUUUAAUUUGGGCAUUGUUCUUGGUAAUAGUAUUUAUUACUGUAAAUAUUAGUUUGUCGUUAAUGUGUGAAACAAAGAUGGUUGUUCAAAGAUAUUUGUUUAUUUUUCAGAGUUUGUCUCCAGUUUCAUCCUCCAUCCCAAAGUGGUGAUAAAUAGUUGUGACAAACUUUUUGUGUUUUGUUAAAAUAAAUGCAGAUUUAUAAACAGAAUGGGAAUAAAUUUUUUCAA